AUGAUUACACGGUGUCUGGCCCGCCGGCCGGGUGCCAUUCAGUCUGCGGCCGGGGCUUGGAGGAGAAUACCAUCACCCGCCCGCAGCAUCUACACGAUCCCCCCGCUGGACAACCAUGCCCAGGUAGAGCAGAACGGUGUUCCCGGCCUGCUCUCACCAAAGGGCUUCAAUACUGCGUAUACCGAAUACCAAGGGCACAUUAUUGACGAGCUAAAUGCGUCGACAGCCGGUACACCCUUCGAGAACCAGGAAGCAAAGGCCCUCGUUGUAGAUUUCGCCCGCGACCCGAUGAAAGCCUAUGCCUUCAACAUCGCUAGCAUGGCCUUCAACAACCACUUCUUCUUCCGCGGCAUCAACACCAACCCAGACGUGCAAUCGCGGCCAUCCACCGACCUCCAGAAGCAGAUCAACCGGGACUUUUCGUCCAUGGAAACACUGCGCGACACAUUCCUCGCCACGGCUGAGUCCAUGUUUGGCCCCGGCUUUGUCUGGCUCGUGCAAACCAACGACACUAGCUUCGGAAGCCUGCGCAUUCUGCCCACAUAUCUCGCCGGAUCACCGCUGUCGGGCGCUCACUACAGGCGGCAAUCGCACGAUCUCAACACACACAACGUCGAUUCGUACCAGGCAGUGAACAAGGUUGGGUCGUUUGGGGCGGCGGCGCAGCAAGACCAGAGGGCCAAGAAGCCGCUGGGUGGCAUCGAUGUAGUACCACUACUGUGCGUAAACACAUGGGAGCAUGUCUGGCUACAGGACUACGGUGUCCGGGGGAAGAGGGCUUUCCUCGACAAGUGGUGGAACAAGAUUGACUGGGACUUUGUGGGGCAGAACGCAACGCUGUCACCACGUCAGAAUGGAAGCUUUUUCAACUAG